AUGGAGCCUAGGAAUACCUCCAGAGUAAGUGAAUUCAUUCUAUUAGGAAUUCCUUUUCUGUAUGAUCUUCACCGAGUCUUCUUUGUGGUGGCUCUCUUCAUGUACCUUGUAACCAUCCUUGGGAAUGGCUUCAUCCUCAUCAUCGUCGCAAUUGAGCCAAGACUUCAUACCCCGAUGUACAUCUUCUUAAGCAACCUUGCUUUUCUGGAGAUCUGCUAUACCUCCACCGGGGUACCCAAAUUGCUACAGACUUUUAUACAGACCAAGACGACCAUCUGCUUCCACUGUUGCCUCACUCAAGGAUUUCUUCACAACUGUCUUGGUAGUACGGAGCUUUUCAUCCUCACCGCAAUGGCCUUUGACCGCUAUCUGGCCAUCUGCAAGCCCCUUCAGUAUCCCGUCAUGAUGUCCAGGCACGUGUGCCUACAAAUGACUUUGGCCACCUGGUAUGCCGCCUUUGUGAUUAUCUUUUUUAUUUAUUUGAUCAUUUGGAGAUUGCCUUUCUGCGGGUCCAAUGUUGUUGACAGUUACUUCUGCGAUUUGGGUCCCCUGUUGAGCCUGGCCUGUGUGGACACCCGUUUCGUUGAGUCUUUCAUACUGUUGAACGCUUUUGUAAUCAUUAUUAUGACUUUGGUUCUCACAAUUCUGUCCUAUGUUUUCAUCAUUGCCACCAUCCUGCGCAUUCCCUCCGCCGUAGGGCGGAAGAAGGCCUUCUCCACCUGUGCAUCCCACCUGGUGGUGGUGUCCAUAUUAUACGGAACUCUUGUCUUCAUGUUCGUGAGGCCCAACAUCCACUCCUCAAACCGCGUGACAAGGACUGUGGCGGUCUUAAACACCACCCUUAUCCCAAUGCUAAAUCCUUUCAUAUACACAAUUCGGAAUGCCGAAGUCAAAAGAGCUGUCCAGAAUAUAAUCCAUAAAAGGAAAGGGAUCUUAAAUGGAGAUAAUGAUUGGUACAAUAGUUCCAGGACUCUCAAAGGUAGUAGGAAUAUGAUGAAAUUUAGAAAAUGGUGGCAUCGGUGA